AGUGAUCCCAGCUGUUGCUAGCAGCUGAGUUUUAUAUAUAAGUCAGAGGAGGAUGAGUGUGUGGGCAUAGUUUGCUCUCAUCCUAACAAAAAUGAUUCUGUAUCCUUGUGUGGUGUUGCUGGGACUCUGCAGCAUGGCAACAGCUGGUCCUAGAAGUCGAAAACAAGAAGAGAUUGCUCCCUCAGCAGCUUCAAAUCACACUCUGUCUCCCAACAAGAGUGCAGAGACCAUAGAAGUGAGCAAUAUGACUCUUGAGGAAGGAGACAUAUUGUUGGCGGAGGACCGGAAUGCAGUAAACAUGGUGUGGUCAGAUGCGAUCGUCCCUUAUGAAAUCAGUCCUGGAGUGGGUUUUCGAGUGGCUGAUAUCCUUGCUGCCUUUAGGAUGGUAUCAGCAAACACGUGUAUUCGUUUUGUCGAGCACACAGAUGAGUUCAACUAUCUUGUUUUUAAACAAGGGGAAGGUUGUGCGUCCUUUGUUGGUGUGAGUGGAGGAAGCCAGCCAGUCUUUCUUUCACAAGCCUGCACUGCAGGGAACCUUGCUCACGAGCUCAUCCACGCGCUGGGGUUGUACCAUGAGCACACGCGUGAUGACCGGGACAACUACGUCACCAUCAACUGGUCAAACAUCAUUCCAAGUAUGAAGGACAACUUCAAGGUGAAACGUGGAAACACUCUGAACCUGCCCUAUGACUUUGAAUCCAUCAUGCAUUAUGGAGAGUCUUAUUUCAGUGUGGAUGGAAGUCCAACUAUUGUGACCAAUCAGAAUGGCAAGGCCAUAGGUCAGAGGACCCAUUUGAGCCAGCUGGACAUAAAGAAACUAAAAACCCUCUACCACUGCUAAACCUCCAUGAUCCAGCUGCACCCCAAGUGUUUUAACACUAGAUCUGUAGACAUUCAUGUUAACACACUUUUAAGAUGAGCCUAUGGUGUGAUUGAAAUUAAAGUUUUAAAGGCUA